AUUUAUUCUCCCCGUUCGAUUUGAAAUGCCAGAUGUUUAGGUCUUGCAUGUUACUAACUAUUUAUAGGGAAAACGCAUGUUCAACGCCGUGCUGCCCAAUAUAUAGGCAUACAUUGUGGAUAGAAUCUCGAAAACAUCCACACAGGCUACACGCACUUUAUUCUCUGUGCGAGCUUUGACAUUACGAAUAUAACACGAUUCCCUCGGCUGAGCAAUCGAUAUUGAAUAUACUUGGUGCUUUCCUGUCGUACUUUUAAGUGAACUGCCCCAGCUCACCUACACAAUGCCUCUCGGAAUUUUGGAGGACAAUAAACUAGAGCACGUCCCCGGCACUGCUCCUCUCAAUGAGCUUGGUCAAACAGAUAUUACCUAUUCGGGAAUCGAUCCGGCUCUUCUCAAGCAUGACCCGACUGGCCAAAUUGUUCUCGUUCCUCAGCCGUCGGACUCACCACGAGACCCAUACAAUUGGCCCCGGAAGAAGAAGGAGCUCUUCACCAUCACAUAUGCUGUGGCUUGCGGUUGCGUUGGAGCCGUUGGACCCCUUCUGACAGCCGCUCUCGUUCCUCUGUCUGAAGAAUUCGGCGUGCCACUCUCGACUUUCACAUCAGGAAUACAAGGCGGCACACUCGUUGCGAUAGCGGUGGGCAGUUUGAUUUUCAAUUGCUUGGCUGUCAAAUAUGGAAAGCGCCCCAUAUAUCUUGCGACCACUGUUGGGCUAAUGGUGUCGUGCUUUUGGUCCGCGGGAUCCAAAAACUUUCCUUCCUUGGUUGCGUCGAGGGUGCUGGCAGGGCUCUGCAUGGCGCCACUGGAAGCUUUGGUACCUGCUUCUAUUGCAGAUAUCUGGUUCGUUCAUGAACGUGGAAUCCGUAACGCCAUCUUCAAUUUCGGUGUCCUAGGCGGCAUCAAUCUCGCAUCCCCUAUAGCUGGCGCUAUAAUUGAAUAUGGCUCUUUUAGAAUCGCUUUAAAUUCCAUGGGAGGGGCUUUUGCCAUCGUGUUGAUCAUGGUCUUUUUCUGGAUGCCAGAAUCAGCAUACGCAAGACAGAGCUCCUUCGACAUUGACGUUGGCAAAGAUAUUGACGAAAAGAAAUCCGAAUAUCUCAAAUCUGCAGAUACAGGGAGCACAGAAAGAUCACAGUCACCACAACAAACGAAUGAGAAACCGAAUUCUUGGGCAAAGGAGCUGCUCCCAUAUAGUGGCUACGUCAAUAAUGUCUCUGUUUGGAACACGCUCAUUCGUCCAUUUUAUCUUUUGCUCUCACCACCUGUUCUUUGGGCUGUUCUGCUUUAUACUACAUGCUUCUCAUGGCUCGUGGGGGUAACACUCACCCUGUCUCAGAUCUUUUCUGCACCUCCAUACAGCUUCUCCGUUGGAGCUGUAGGGGCGACCAACAUGUCUUCUUUCGUUGCUUCUAUCAUCGGAACAAUCGCGGCAGGGCCUUUAGUUGAUGGUGUAGUCAAAGGAAUGUCUAAGAUGAAUGGCGGCAUAUUUGAGCCCGAGUUCCGUCUCCCUAUCAUGGUCAGCUAUCUCAUCUUCACGGCAAUCGGCUUCUUCGCCUGGGGCCAGUCACUUCACGCCCAAGAUCCAUGGCCUGUCCCCGUCAUCGUCUGCUUGGGCCUCAUCAACUUGGGCAUUCAACUCGGUACCACCGGUGUCGUAACCUACGUUGUCGACUGCCACCGCGAUAAAUCCGGAGAAGCCUUUGCCACGAUGAACUUUAUCAAGAACCUUUUCUCGUUUGGGUUGUCAUUUUAUCUGAAUGAAUGGGUUGCUAACCAGGGCGUGCGGGAUUGCUUCUUUACCAUUGGGGGGCUUACUGUUGCGGCUACGCUUUUUACUAUUCCUAUGUACAUAUAUGGAAAGCGAGCUCGAAGCUGGGUCCAUCGACAUAGGAUUGCUGAUCGAUUGUGAGUUGCGGGAUGUUGGGAGAGGAUGUAAAUUAUUCAGGUGCAUUUGUGUCAUUUCUGGAGAUCAAUAUAUAUAUACCGAAGCUUUGAUUUGCAUCAUAAUUCCAUCGUUGACGGUAGAUGCUAUAGAAAUAUAUAA